GGUCAAGAUUACAUAUUUUAUGUAGAUCUUGCCGAACAAAACACUUUGAAAUGCUUGGUUCUUAAAGCAUGGAAACAAACCAGAAAACGUUAGUGGCUUUGCAAUAAUUUACUUCACUGAAGAACUACCUUACUAGCAACCAUGUAAACGUCUAAUAUAUGAAUUGUUGCUUGCUCAGAAUAACCAAUCUACAUGAUCGAGUUACAUAAUUGGAUUUUCAACAUUUUCAACCUGAAAUUCCUAUAUCUAAGGUUUUUCAUAAAGCUAAUUCAUAACGAGAACUACACAAUACUGUUAGUGUUGGAGAUUACUCUUCCUCUAAUCGAAAAAAUUAAAAACAAAUGGUCAAUAUUUCAAAAUCGAUGUAGAUCCCACUAACAGAGAACGUUGAAAUGCUUGGUUCUUAAAGCCUGGAAAUAUAUAUUGACCUUAUAUUUUAGGAAAAAUGAUUGCUGACUACACGAAGUAUUGACCAUCACAUGGCUAACCAUGCAAACUAAAUAAUGUAUACCUACCUAUGUGAAGUAUAUAUUAUGCAAAAUAGCAUCCCUAAACUUAAUGAUAUUAUUUAGUUAACAUCACGAGUUUAAUUUCGUUAAUCCAAAAAUUGAUGUAGAUGUCAGAGAUCGUUUAAAUAUCUCGUUUCAUCAAUUAAAAUAUGACCGACUCGGCUGUAAUUUAACUAAAUGAGAUCUUAACCUACGCUUUAAAAACGUAAGAAUAUUUUUAACAAAAUCUAAUUUACAAAAUCAAUAUGUUUUAUCAUUUUUUGAUAAGUAGCGUUUUAACAUUUUAAUUUUAGUGUAUUUGAAAAAUAUAUAAUUAUAUUAAUUUUUAUCUAUAUUAAAUAUGAAAAUACGUAAGAUAUUAUGUAAUUUUGUUUUUAAUUAUUUUAAUCUGUUUUCUUAUGAAAGUUUAAGAAAACUUCUGUAAUUCAUUUGAUUAGUUGUAUGAUAUAUACUUAUUUGAUACAUUUUUAAAUGGAUGCAAUUUUAGUUUAUGAAAAUAUAAAAAUAAAAUCAUUAAUUUAAUUAAUUUUAUAUAAAACAAAUAAAAUGUUAGAGUCAGUAAAUUGACAUGAAAUAAGUUUAUAGUGUAAAAUUGAUCAAAUAAGUAUAUAUCACACAAUUAAUCAAACGAAAUACAAAAAAAAUAUUAAGAGUUAAUAACAAAACAGAUCAAAAUAAUUAAAAACCAAAAUUAAAUAAUAUCUUCUAUAAAUUUCAUAUUUAGUUAAAUUACCAUAAGGUAUAUUAUAUUUUAAUUGAUUAAAACAGAGAUUUAAACGGUUUCUGAUAUCCACAUCAAUUUUGGAUUAACAAAAUUAAACUCGAGAUGUUAACUACAUAACAUCAUUAAGUUAAAGAAUGUUGUCAUGCAUAAUAUAUACUUCUUGUUGUUAGAUAUACAUUAGUUUAAUUUGCAUGGUUAGCCAUGUGAUGGCCAAUAUUUUUGUAGUAAACAAUCAUUUUUCCUAUAUUUUAUUAUAAUAGAUUCUACAAAUAUAUGAGCAUGAAAAUAUAUUUUAAUAUACACUGAGUUCAAAAAAAAGAAAGUUCACAAAAAUUGAUAUUUAAAAAUAAAUAAUCAUCCCUUUAAACCAUUAUUUUAAACAACAUAGUAUAUAUAAAUAUAUGGAAAUUAUUAAAAUAUUUCCUUUAUAUCAAAAUAUAUUCUUAGAUGCUUACAAAAUUAGGGGAAAUUUUCAUGUUUACCAUCACUAAACAGACAUUUACAAAAAUAUUUUCUUCAUUAAAACGCAAAUGACUCUUAUACCCUUAAUCUCUAUAUAUAUAAAUAAUUAUUUAAAUAAAAUAAUUAUCUUAUCAAAUUAUACUUUUUCAAAAUCAAACUUGUUUAUAUUUUUUUUUUUGAAUUUGUUUCAAUUUUUUUUUGAAAUUCAAAAAUUAUUUUUGAAACUAAUUUUAAAAUUAUUUUGAAAUGUUAUAAAAAAAAAUUAAAUAUUUAUUUAUGUAUUUAUUAGAACCCUAAAUUCCACAUUCUAAAAGUCAUACUCCACUCCCCAACUCUAAAUCCUAAGUCUAGAUUAGUUAACCAUAAGGUUAUAAAUAUUUUUUUCCCUCUUUAAAAGUGAGAGUAAAAGUAGUUUAAAUAAAAUUUAGUUAUGCCAAUUAAACCAUUUGUGUAUUAUUUAAAAUAUAUAUCUCACAUUUUAGUCAUUUUUAACAAAUUAUAUAAAAUCAUACAUUUUGAAUAGUUAAAGUAUGACACUAAAUAUUAUGAUUGAACAAAAUUAGUAAUAUUUUCUUCUUCUUUUUUAAGUAUAACCUUCAAGGUAGGAAAAAGUAUAAGAAAUAUUAAAUAUUUUAGUUUUUUAAAAACAAAGGAUACAAUUUAAAUAAAGUGGAAGAUUUAAAAAAAAAUUGAUAUUAUACUUCUAUGAAAAUUAAGUCAAUUUAAUAUGAUUUUAUAAUAAUUGAAACAAAAAAAUAUAUAUUAUUUCUUAUUUCAUGACCCAAACGUUAAAUACCUAAAAUUUAAAAUAGUUCUAAAAAUAAAAUAAUAAUAUUUGAUUAUGUCAUAUAUUUAGAAUAGCUAAUUGAUGAUGGUCAAAAUUACAAUAGAUAAGUUUGAACAGUGAUUUCAAUAUCUACAACUAAUUUUCAAUAAUUAAUUACUGAACGGUUACAGAGUUGAAACGUAUUAAAAAAUUAAUUAAUGUAUUAGAAAGUCCUUUUAGGAAAAGGUGAAAUGGACUAUGGCUAUAUAUAUUGAGAUACUGCAAGACUCACUUCUAAUUAUUAAAGAGCAGAGCAACAGAGAAAGAGAGAGAUAGGAUUGUUUGAGAAUAAGCAAAAGCAAACCCUGAGAAGAUGUCUUCAUCGUACAACAAUACAAUUUCAUCAUCCUUCACUCAGUCUUUCCCCCUCUUAGCCAUCGGGGCAAACAACUUUAACCGUGAAGAGACGGCGAUGACAAUGAAUCAACGGCCCAACUCCGUUUCUCCACCACCCAGGAGACUAAGAAACAAACCAGGAAACCCAAGUCCAGAUGCUGAAGUGAUAGCCUUGACUCCCGAAGAGAUAAUGGCGACGAACAGGUUCCAAUGUGAAGUAUGCAAAAAACGAUUUCAAAGAGAACAGAAUCUCCAGCUUCACAAGAGAGGACACAACCUUCCAUUUAACCUGAAACAAAAGUCUGACGAAGAAGUAAGGAGGAAGGUGUAUGUUUGUCCGGAGCCCACGUGCGUCUACCAUGAUCCGUCACGUGCUCUCGGAGACCUCACAGGAAUCAAGAAGCAUUAUUACCGGAAGCACGGUGAGAAGAAGUUUAAAUGCGAGAAAUGCGAUAAGUGUUACGCUGUUGAAUCUGAUUGCAAAGCCCACUCUAAGAUUUGUGGUACCAAAGAGUAUCGAUGUGUUUGUGAUACCAAAUUCUCUAGAAGAGACAGUUACGACACGCAUAGGGCUUUCUGUGAUGCGUUAGCACAAGAGUCAGCAGGAAACCCUAACAUGAGCUUCACGGAAAUGCUAGCAGCCGCUGGUGGAAGUAAUGGCAGUACCGGACAUGGCUUUUACGGCGGCGUUGCUUCUUCUGCCGUCUCUCACAACCAUAUUGGUAACAACUCAAACACUGAUUUUGCCCCUCUAGCUCCAGGUCAUAAUCUGAACCGUUCAUCGUCCCAAAAGUUUGAAGACUUUUCUCCUCAGUCCACAUACCCUAACCAUGGUCGCACUAGUUUCCCCGUGCAAUACCCUUCAAACCAAGGACUGUUGGCACGGAACGACCAGAAUCUCAUGAACCAGCACGGUCUGAUCAACAGCAACAACAACAAUAACAACUUGUUCAAUCCCGGAUACUUUCAAGCCAACACUCAGAACCUCUCUGAUCAGACAGGUGCUCCUCCUCUUUUCAACCAUGCUGACAACAACGUUCCUCCUGCUCUGCUUAGAGGGUCAAGUGUGGCCGCUAAUAACUUUGGAGGCAAUGGUAAUGUAAACUUUCAAGGUCAAAUGAACUCGCUAGCUGCGACAAGUGGUCAUCAAGGCCGGCCCGGUAGCAGCAUUUUCGACCAUCGUUUCGGAAACAAUCUAAGCAUGGGAGGCUCUGAUAGGCGGACUUUGGACUUUCUUGGCGUUAAUGAUCGUGGUGGCCGUAAUGAACCUCCUUUGGACCUUGACAUGAAGUUUUCAGAUCCAAAUAAUCCAUUCGGAAAUGUUUGAGAGGAUCGUACACCUCCUAUGUUCUUGCUGGUUCUUUGAAGAUUUUAUUUUUAAGCCUAUUUAACUAUCUAUAAAUUAAAAAAAAUAUCUAUAAGUAAAGAAAAAAAAUAUAUAAGUAAAGAAAAAAACUAUAUAUAAGUAUUUCUUUAAGUUGUAAUUAAUGAUGUAAUGGGAAUCUCGAAUCAGAGUUCUUUUGGUAAAAUUUGGUUUCUUCAACCUGUUGAGUCAACUCCCAUUAAUUAUAUAUUUUUAUUGGAAAGUAAUUAUAUUAAUUGGUAUUCUUAGGA